GUUUGAAAUUCUAAACCUGUCUCUUGACUUCAGCUGUUUUUGCCUUUGGGAAGAGGAUGCAUAAAAUCACACGGGUCACUCCUUGUAAUCUACCCCACAUUUUCUUGUUUACGUGCCUUUUGCAAGAAAAAAACAAAGCUGCGUGACAUCUUCUCCUCUCUGCAGUAUAAUGCUGUAGCUCCUUCCUCCACUGUACUUCUGUAAAAGCCCCAUCAGAUAGUAGCUAAACGCUUCAGCCUUGGCCCUGCUUCGAAUAUUCCUCUCUAUCAGCGUGACUCCAUCCGUGGGAGGGGCUGGGCCCCCCAAAUGAUGCAGCUCUUUUCUGAAGAGGCUGGGCAGGGGCAGUGUUUGCCACUUGGUUUUUGCAGGCUUUGAAUAAAGGAUGGCGAAGAUUUCUGCCUUUCUCAAACUGGCUGCCUAACCUCCCAGAUUUCCUAUCUCGGGCUCCACAUCUCUCCGCUCUCCUUAGGCUGUCCCUGUUCUUGGAGAGACCUGGCAUCCAGAUCAGAAGCGAGAGGGUCGUUGCUAUCCAUCCGUGUCUGGGAGUUAAUGCAUAUUGAUGAGGGAGGCUGAGCCCACGGCUCGUUCAAGCUCUCUGCAAAGAGGAGAGGCAGUCCAGUGACUAGGAACAGCGCACCGACAGAAAGCUGCUGGCCGGCUCCUCUAGCUGAAUUGGCUUUCCUUCCUUCCUCCCAUCACUUGGGCCUACUGGAUGGGAUGCUGAGGUGAGCGGAGUGUUGCCAGCACGCUCAGAGGCCAUCCUUCUUCCAUCUGCCAAUUCAACAUGGAAGCCCCUCUUGUAAGCCUGGAUGAAGAGUUUGAAGAUCUGAGGCCGUGCUACAUAGCGGAUAGAGAAGAGAAAGCUCAUUAUUUUUAUGGCUCCUCAGCCCAGCACUUGGAAGAUCCUUCUCUUUCUGAGCUAGAGAACUUCUCUUCUGAGAUCAUCAGUUUCAAAUCCAUGGAAGAUUUGGUCAAUGAAUUUGAUGAAAAGCUCAACAUUUGCUUUCGGAAUUACAAUGCCAAAACAGAGAACUUGGCUCCUGUAAAGAACCAUUUCCAGAUCCAGGAAGAGGAGGAGAAUCUGCAGGAUGAAGAGGUCUGGGAUGCCCUAACAGACAACUACAUCCCAUCCAUCACCGAGGACUUGAGGGAUCCUAACAUCGAAAUGCUUAAUGGCAAUAUCUCUGACACAGAGAUCCAUGAGAAGGAGGAGGAAGAGCUUAACGAAAAGAGUGAAAAUGACUCCGGUAUUAAUGAGGAACCUCUACUCACGGCUGAUCAGGUGAUUGAAGAAAUUGAGGAAAUGAUGCAAAAUUCACCUGACCCUGAAGAGGAAGAAGAAAUUUUAGAGAAGGAUGAUGGUGGGGACACAAGCAGUCAGGCCGAUUCGGUCCUUUUGCAGGAAAUUCAGGCCUUGUCGCAAAGCCUGAACAACAAUUGGUCAUGCGAAGGCUGCCCCAUUCCUAGAACCUGGGGUUUGGGUCACAUGUCUGUCCAGGAACUUCUGGAGAUCCUGGAUCGAGUGGAAGGUGCUAUUCAGGAUUACUCGGAGGAGCUGGUACAGCAGCUGGCUUGUCGAGAUGAGCUGGAGUUUGAGAAGGAGGUGAAGAACUCCUUCAUCACCAUCCUGAUGGAGGUGCAGAACAAGCAGAAAGAACAUCGAGAGAUGAUAAAGAGGAGGAGGAAAGAAAAAGGAUUGAGUCUGCAAAAUAAUCGGAUAGAAAGGGCAGCUCAGAUGCCUCUCAAGCGGUUCAGUAUGGAAGGAAUUUCAAAUAUUCUGCAAACUGGAAUCCGGCAGACAUUUGGAAAUUCAGCAGCUGAAAAGCAGUAUUUGAACACUGUUAUCCCAUAUGAAAAGAAAGGGGCGCCUCCGUCAGUUGAGGACUUGCAAAUGCUUACAAACAUUCUCUUUGCAAUGAAGGAAGACAACGAAAAAGUCCCUACGCUGCUCACUGACUACAUUUUAAAAGUUCUCUGCCCUACCUAAGCUCUGCAUUCUGAGCAUCAUGAAGUCAAC